AUGCUUGCACUCACUUGCUUACUACUUCCACAGCUCACGGCUGCUAUUGCCUUAGGCUCAUGGGCCGGAAACCGUGCCGCUUACUUCCUUGAUAACAAUCCAGCUGGGUCAAGCAUUAUCGCCUUGAAAAUCUCGUCGAAAGAUGGGACGCUGUCUGAUCCCAUGCGGGUUUCCACAGGAGGCAAGGGACUGUAUGCGCAAGGGGUAUCAGCCGAUGGAGGGCCACCUGUUGCCGUCGGAGCUGAUACCCUGUUCAGUCAGGAUUCUGUUGUCGUAUCUGCGAAUUAUCUCUUCACUGUCAAUUCCGGAAGCAAUACUGUCUCCCUGUUCUGGAUUAAUGAAAAUGAUCCUACCAACCCCAAGCUCAUCAACACUGCUUCUACCCUGGGUGAAUUCCCUGCAGCAGUCGCCUAUUCCGCUGAUAUCGAAACAGCUUGUGUCCUUAAUGGCGGUAAAGUCGCCGGUGUUGCCUGCUACUCGGUAUCGAAGAGCCAUGGACUUAAAGCCCUUGGUGGACUCCGUCCCAUUGCUCUCAACCAAACAACCCCCCCUGUUGGGCCACCAGGGACAGUCUCCGAUCUUGUCUUCAACCCUUCAUCAUCAGCCCUUAUCGCCACAAUCAAAGGAUCCCCGACUUCUCCGGGCUCUAUAUAUGCUUAUCCAGUCCUACCCUCAUGCGAUGUUUCAACCAAACCGACACUGUCGCAGCCUUCCUCUCUCCUCAUUGAUUUCAGCCUCACAUUCCUUGGCUGCGACUCUAGGGCAGUGAUCACUGACCCUGCCUAUGGCGCUUCCAUCGUCGACAUCAACAACGAAUUUGAGUUUACGGUAAGCAAGAAGGUCGUGAUCGCCGGCCAGGCCGCAACUUGUUGGUCAGUCUAUGCUCCCAAAUCCAACACAAUUUAUGUUUUCGAUGGAGGCGUAUCAAAUAUCACGACUAUUGAUGCUACUACCGGCUCCAUCAAGGGCGUUGUACCUCAGAGCGAUGCUGGAAUGGGUAGUUUGGAUGCGGCGCUUGACAAUGGUUACUUGUACGUGCUGAAGGGCGCGCCCCAAGUCUCUGUUGCCGAUACUAUUGGGUCGAAGGGCGGGAAGGCAAAAGAGGUCCAGACUUUGGAUUUAGCUUCAUUGGGGAGCCGGCAGGGGUGGACCGGAAUGGCAAUUUAUCGCUGA